AUGUCCCUGGAUGCCUCACCCUCGCUUUUGCCCCUCCCCGAGGGCGUCUCAAGCCGCCUCGUUCCAACUCCCGAUCUCACCUUUCACGUUCUGGAAGCUGGAGCCACUCCCGAUCGUGAUCGUCCCUUGGUGAUCUUAUUACACGGUUUCCCCGAAAUUGCCUAUUCAUGGCGUCGAGUUCUGCCCCAGCUCGCCGCCGCCGGCUUCUACGCCGUAGCCCCUGACCAGCGUGGCUUUGGCCGCACCGUCGGCUGGGACGAUCGAGCGUAUGAGCAUGUCGAUCUGCACAGUUUCUCAAUGACCACUUUCGUGCGCGAUGUGGUGGUUUUGGUGCAUGCUCUGGGCUAUCGAUCGGUUCGAUGUGUAGUGGGUCACGAUUGUGGCGCUAUGACGGCGGCCACUUGUGCCUUGAUCCGACCGGAUUUCUUCGAGAGUAUUGUUCUGAUGAGCCAUCCAUUCAAUGGCAGUCCUAACCUGCCUUUCAAUACUGCGAAUGAGGGCAGCGAUGAGGAACAGGCUGCAGCUGCAGCACGGGGUGGUGGUGGUGGUACUGAAGGCUCUGCUGCUGCUUCGGGGAUCCACGAUGCUUUGGCCAAACUUGGUCGCAAGCACUAUAAAUGGUACUAUUCGACCCCCCAGGCUGGUCCUGAUAUGUCGUCUCUCUCUUUAGAGGAUCUGCGCCGCUUCCUGCGAGGGUACUUCCAUUUAAAGAGUGGUUCCUGGCCCGGUAACAAGCCGCGCCAAUUGUCUGGCUGGACUGCUGAAGAGGUUGUUCAAAUGCCUGGAUAUUACAUCAUGCCUCUAGACGCAACAAUGCCCGAGACUGUAGAAGGGGAUAUGGCCGAUGAGCCGACAAAGGGCAUGUCCUCACAUUCAUGGCUGCCCGAGAAUGAACUUGCAGUCUACGCGGCUGAGUAUGCUCGCACCGGUUUCCAAGGUGGGUUAAAUUGGUAUCGUGUGCGUACUGCUCCGGGAGGUCGUUUUACCAAGGACUAUGAUACCUUUGCGGGGAAGAAGAUCGAACCUCCAUGUGCGUUUGUAUCUGGAAAGCUGGAUUGGGGCAUCUAUCAAGAACCCGGUGCACUAGAGAAGAUGACCAGUGGUGCAGUCUGUUCUGAUUUCCGGAUACUGCGGCUUCUCGAUGGAGUGGGUCAUUGGGUUCCUCAGGAGGCUCCAGAUGAGGUUGCGCAGACCAUCAUUGAAUUGACCAACAGUCUUGCGUAG